AUGGCUUAUUUACAAAUGGGACAAACGGACCUGGGCGGGGAAUGCUCUCAGGAGGCUGAGGAUGCUCGCCCAAUGACAAGCGGAGAUGAAUCCUACACUUGUGAUCAGUGUGAAAGGACUUUUGCUACCAAGAGUCGCCUCACAGUACACAAACGGAUCCACGCAGAUGUAAAACUGUAUCGCUGUGACGAGUGCGGGACUUCUUUUUGUCGGAGCAGCAGCUUAAAAAGACAUCGAAUCAUCCACAGUGGGCUCAGACCAUACACGUGCGAGCAGUGUGGGAAGACUUUCAAUCAGAUGAGCAUCUUGGAAAGGCAUCGACUCCUCCACAGUGGAAUUAAACCACACAGUUGUGAUCAGUGUGACAAGAAGUUUCAUACCGAGAGUCACCUCAGAAGACACCAGCGCAUCCACAGUGGGGAAAAACCCUUCAGUUGUGACCAGUGUGGAAAGACUUUUACUCAGAAAAACCACUUAAAAAGACAUCACCUCAGCCACAGCGGCGUCAAACCACACAGAUGCUGCCAGUGUGGAAGGACCUUUAGUUUGAUGGGCAACUUGAGAACUCAUCAGCUCCUACACAGAGGAGUCAAACCAUAUGCAUGUAGCCAGUGUGGGAAGGCUUUUACUCAGAUGACCCACUUACAAACCCACAAGAUGGUCCACAGCGGAGAUAAACCACACACAUGUGAGGAGUGCGGAAAGGCUUUUAUUCAGCUGGGCAACUUAAAAAGACAUAAACUGGUCCACAGUGGAGUUAAAGCACACAAGUGUGACCUGUGCGGGAGGGCUUUUGCUUUGAAGGCGAAGUUGGCGUCACACAAGCUGAUGCAGCAUGUGAUUCCUGUGACCUUUCUGGAAAAACCUCCAGCCAGUGACCCCAGAAACACACCAACAGACACUGAUGCGUGA